UGCCGCAAGCCCUCAUGUUCUCAGUGCAACGAUGGAGCGCUAGACGCUGCAACGAUUCACGUCGAUUGCUACAACUUAUUUCGGCAGCGUUGCAAAGCCGGCGAUUCGCUACAUCGACUGUGGUUGACGGCGGCGUGGAGAAGACCGUGGCACGGGGCUCCGUCCUUUCGAUUGGCCCCUGAUGCUGAUGCAAACAAGACGAUGCAGCUUGCUGCGACAGCCUGUUCCCUACCCCAGUUGACGGCCUUGCCAGCAGAGAUAUUGCAUAUAAUAGGGGCAUAUGCUCAGCCGAGCCCUCUUAGCCGCUAUCGUACUGUUAUUGACCUGGCUGCUGAUUGGGACGGCCGGGCCCUGAGCUGGCAGCCAUCACUACCACUCUCCAGAAUCGUCUCGUGGGAACGAGAUAGCAAUGCCGUGGUGGAAUCCGGCCUUGUUCCAAUUGUCAGGAUUACGAUUGACUGCUGGGGGCUGAAACGAAUCGAGAAGCUGGCAGACUAUCCCCCAUUUGCCGGUAAACGAUCGGACACGGAAGUUUACAUCGUACAGAGGCAGGAUCGGUUAGGAGACGUGAUGGUACAAUUUCAAUCGGGCCUGGCUCGUUUGCAAGUACCAAAGGAGGCGGCCGAUCUGCAACUCUGGGACACGCCUGCGCCGCCUCCUUUACAAAGUCUUCGAAACAUGCCAAAGAUGACAGGCACCGUCCAAGUCGCCACCAUUGAUCUCAAAAAAGUGCAUGGCCUUACUUUCUUCGUAGCAAAUGGAUCCACCCUCGCCAUACACGGCCAUACACGCAGACGUCCUCAUCCCGAUGCCACGUUUAAUCGACUUUCACGCCAACGUCAACGCCACACUGCUUGGGUCUACGUUCCAUUCCCUCCAAAAGACCGGCUCACGCAUUUUGGAAUUCGUGCUCCACACAGAUUCACGAAAUCUCCCUGGGCUUUCCGCUUCGAAUUGGCCGGAGACGUCAUGGCCGGGCCCCGUUUUCUAGGACCAACGCAAGAUUUCACGUGGCCUGUAAAAGAACAGCUGCUGCUCGUCUUCAACGUGGCAGAACCUGCGGCCAUCUCGGCCAUGAGUGCCUAUCCCAACCAAGAUAGUGACGUCAAACCGUUUGCCCGGCUCGACAAGCCCCCUUUCCAGGAGGCGUGUUUCUCGUCUGCUCCCCUGGAGGACGUAGCCCUCGUACACAUAUAUUCAGACGCCGAAACUGGCCUCUGCCGGGGACUUCUCGCAGAGUACCACCACGGUUCCCAGCGUGCCCUCGGCGAAUGCCGGGUU